AUGCUUGAAAACAUUCCUUUUACACGAUUGCGCUAACGCCGCACGUUUGUUGUAGCAAAUUUUUUAGUAAAAAUCUACUUGCAAUUCGUGCAUCUUACAAUAUUUAUUAAAAAUGUUGAUGCCCAAGAAGAAUCGUGUAGCAAUCUAUGAAUACCUUUUCAAAGAAGGUGUAAUGGUUGCAAAAAAAGAUUACCAUGCACCAAAACACCCGGAAUUGGAAACUAUUCCAAACCUUGAGGUCAUCAAGGCCAUGCAAUCAUUGAAAUCCAGAGGAUAUGUCAAGGAACAGUUCGCAUGGCGACACUUCUACUGGUAUCUUACCAAUGAGGGUAUUGAAUUUCUCCGUGGAUACCUUCAUUUACCACCAGAAAUUGUUCCAUCAACAUUGAAGAGGCAGCCUCGCCCAGAAACAUCCCGACCACGGCCUGCAGCAUCCAAAAGCGAAUCAUCAAGACCUGCAGAAGACCGGGCUGGAUACAGGCGUGGACCAGGUGGCCCUCCAGCUCCUGGUGAUAAGAAAGCUGAUAUUGGUCCUGGUACCGCAGAUCUUGAAUUCCGUGGUGGAUUUGGUCGUGGCAAAGCUCCACAAUAAAUUUUUAAAUUGUAUUAAUACGAAAAAAAAAUAAAAAUUAAAAGAUUAAAUUUU